AUGAAAAGAAAAAGUGAAACUCAAGAAGAGAAUUUCAGCGCUGCUAAAAAGAAAAAAAGGAAAUCGUUACUUGCUGCUUCCACCUCCCGUGAACAGAAAAAAGAGAAUUACCUUUCUUGCAAAACCAAGAAUUUUAACAAUUUGGAGGAGUUAUUCAUUGAAAAAAAAUUAUUUUUUUUUAAUUUCUUUUUAAGUGCUAAAUAUAACAAACAAAAAAAAGAAAAAAGUUCAGAAUGUGAUAAAUCAGUUGGGUCGAUUGCAUCAGUUGAUGAUACUGAAUUGGGAAUGUACUGCCUUAAGAAUGGUGAAAAAAUAUUCUUCGAACAGAGCGAGGGCCAUAAAAAUAGGUGGAAUGAACAAAGAAUAGCGAAAUACGUGCACAGUGCAAGCGAGAGUGGAAAAAUCGGGGAUACGCAAGAAAACAGUGCAGAGGAGGGAGAGUCCAAUGAAAAGACAAAUGAACCAAGGAGGGGGAAAGACACAGUCGAAUUUUUCAUCGAAAAACACUCUAACAUUUUAUUACAAAAGAACUUUUUUUUUUACGUAAAAAAUUAUAUCCACAACAUUUUGAGAAAUGUGGAUAUUUGUAUACAGGACAAGCUGAACGAAACUUUUUUUGAGUUUUACAGCAUUUUUAAAAACAAUAAAAAAAAGAUUUACUUAGACAAUUCCGAAGAAUUGUUAAGUGAUCUGUACUGUGACUUCUCUGAGGUGUCGGAUGACAGUGAUUACAACUACUUUUUUGAAAAAGCGAACCAAAUAAAUGAAUACGAGGGGGAGGAGGAUGCAGUGGAUGGAGAAGAGACGAAUGGAGAAGAAGCGAAUGGAGAAGAGGCGAAUGGAGAAGAGGCGAAUGGAGAAGAGGCGAAUGGAGAAGAGGCGAAUGGAGAAGAGGCGAAUGGAGAAGAGGCGAAUGGAGAAGAGGCGAAUGGAGAAGAGGCGAAUGGAGAAGAAGCCGAUGGUGCAGAGGAACGAAUAGGUGAGUGUAAGGAGACACAUACAAGAGGCAGCUCAGACGAUUUGAGAAAAGAGGUGGAAUUCCACUCAUGCGGUGGAGAACAAGGAAUGGAGGGCAUUGCUAGGGGUAAGAAGAGCAGGGAUAAUUACCUCAUUCCAAAGUUAAGCAAGAAAUUUAGCUUGUUGCACUUUCAAAAGAGGAAUUCUCUUUUAUCAGUUGAUGAUGAUAAGAACAGAAGGGAGGAGAAGGAUCGUAAAUUUAAAAAGUAUGCCUGCUUCCGUUGCAGAGAAAUGGGGAGUGCCGGUUCAAAUGGCAGCUCAGGUGAUGGUUCGGAUGCCGAUUCAGGUACCCACUCAGGUAAUCGCUCAAGUGAGGGACAACGGAUGUGUGAUGAAAUGUAUCACCAUCAAGGAAACUUGAAAGUGUGCAUGCUUCAAAUAUUCAUUUCUAACUUAACGAAAGAAGAACUACUUUUUUGGGGGAAAGUGAAAAGGUAUAUAGAGAACUCUCUUGGGACCAUACAAUCAUGGGUGUUUUUCAGAGGAAUGGCAAAUUAUGUUGAAAUUCCGUAUAUAGAAAUUAUAGAUGAAAUUAAGGAGCGUCGUGGCGAAGAAGAAUAUUUAAGAUUUAUAAAAAAAAAAAAAAAAAUACUCCUUUUAAGAAAAGAACAAAAAAGCAUCAAAUGCUUAUUUGAAAAAACGAUAAAUUCUGUUCGAAUUUCAAUGAAAUAUGACUUAACAUUAAAGAGUGAGAAGUUUAACUAUUUAUUUAAAGAUCGUAUAUAUAAAUAUAAAAAAUUUAUAAGAAAAAAAAUUUUUAAAAAAAACCCUACUGAAAAAAAAGACAUAUAUAGCAACAAGAACGUUACGUGGAAUUUACACGAUUACAUGAAUCCCCCUGUUUUUAAAAAUACCACCAAAAAAAAUUAUGAUUUUUCAAUUCUUAUUCAUAGUAUGCAUUUGGAAUUAUAUGGAUAUAUUUAUAUGCGCAAUUAUGUAUUCUUCUUAAUUAUCAUGAUGGAAGUUUAUUUGUUCAUAUAUUUUAAUGACCUUGGAUACACAUAUUCUAAUAACACAGAUUUGUUUCUAGACCAGAUUUUAAAAAACCUGUUUACUUGA